CCAAUCGACUUAGUCUUAAAUCGCAUAAAUACCUAACCACGGUUCGAUAUUAUUAUAAAUUUCAAAUACCAUAACUCAAUAUACUUUGGUUGGAAAGAAGACUAGACCAUUUCCAUUUAUCAAUGAACGAUUGGAGUUUACAAUUGUAACGCUGUGCUGUUGGAUAGAACUAAGUCAGGUAUUCUGAAUCAUUGAUAGAACGCUGAGAAUGGCGUAUCAGGGUGGAUAUCCGGGACAACAGUACGGAAGCUAUGGCCAACCACAGGGUGGUUAUCCAGGACAGGCCCCAGGUGGAUAUGGAGGAUACGCACCUCCACCGCAACCAGGUGUAAAUCCGGAGAUUCAAAACAUUUUCCGCAGUGUAGAUAAGGAUGGCUCCGGAAAAAUUAACGCGAAAGAACUGCAGGCAGCACUAAUCAAUGGCCGUGGUGAUCAUUUUUCGGAUACUGCUUGCACACUGAUGAUAGGCAUGUUUGACGGAGAUCGUAGUGGCACGAUUGAUAUCUAUGAGUUUGAGAAACUGUAUGCCUAUAUUAAUCAAUGGUUGCAGACGUUCAAAACCUACGACCGUGAUUCCUCUGGUCAUAUCGAGGAAGGCGAAUUAUCUCAAGCUCUAUCUCAAAUGGGAUUCCGUUUUUCGCCUCAGUUCAUUCAAUUUUUAAUUGCGAAAAACGAUCCUGUUCAACGCAAGGAGAUUUCCGUGGAUCAGUUUAUCGUAACAUGUGUCCAAAUUCAACGUUUUACUGAGGCAUUCAGGUCGCGAGAUACCGAACAAAAGGGUGUUAUAACGAUUGGCUUUGAGGAUUUCCUAAAUAUUGCCUUGACUACUUCAACCUGAACGAUGAUUAGCCACGUCUGCCUACUUACAUCACCAUUAGUGAUAAUGUCAUAUUAAGUUUAAAUCAGAACCAUACAAUUUUAACAAUGUUCUCAAAUUAGAAAUAGUUUUGUUGCAUUUAACUAUAAAUCAGCAGUUUCAGUCGCGAGCAGGUAAUAAGAUACUAAGGUAUUAUUUCUACUUUUUCUAAUUUGUGUGUAUAAGAAUUUGUGGUAUGCAUUCCAAAACUGACAUUGCAAAGCUGAAACCAUCUAUGCUGGUUUCAAAAAUAUAUAUGAUGGCUAUGAAAUCAUGCUUAGCGAUAUAUAAAACGACUUUUCUUUU